GUACGUUUCUGUACGACAGUCAUUGCUACAUGUUGUACACUGCGACGGCAACAUGGAGCGAUGCAAAGUCAGUCUGCGAUAAUUCCUCUUCGACGCUUCUGACGAUCAACUCAGAGGAGGAACGUACUCAUCUCACGGACAUUAUGAUAUCGUCGUUCCCAUCUCUGCCUCAAGUGUGGACAGGGCUAAACGAUAUUGCAGUGGAAGGGAAUCCAGUGUGGUUGACAGGUGAUCAUCCGAUCUAUAAUGAUUAUGACCAUGAACCAGGGACCGACUCUGAGGGAAAAGACUGUUUUCAAAUUUCAGCUAGUGACCGUUCACUUCGACACGCAGAUUGUCAAUUGGAAUUCGGAUACAUUUGUGAGG